AUGCGGGUCUCCCUGUGCCUGGCCUUCGCAACCUUCGCAGCUGCCCAGCCGGCGCCGCUGCUGCAGCAGGUUGAGGAGCUGCAGAAGGAGCUGUCACAGCAGCGGCAGUUGAUUCAGGAGCUGAAGGAGACACGCCGUUUGCAGGAAAGCAUGGCUGACAAGAUCACCAAGUUGCAGGAAACUGAUUUGGGACUGGGUGGAGCCCUUGAUUCAGCCUGGCUUUGCCUCUGUGGAGCUUUGGUGAUGUUCAUGCACGCCGGCUUCGCUAUGUUGGAGACGGGAUGCUGUCGUGCCAAGAACGCCUCCAACGUUUUGAUGAAGAAUUUGGUGAAUGUUUGCUGCGGAACCUUGGGCUGGUGGAGCAUUGGCUGGGCUUUGGCCUAUGGUGAACAGAACGGCAAUGGUUUCAUUGGAACCGACGGCUUCUUUGGCUUCGGCUUCUACACACGGGACAAGGCCAGUGGAGUGAUCACACCUGUUGAAUGCACUGCUGAUGGCUGCCAAUCGACUAUGUUAAGCUGGUUCUUCCAAUGGGCGUUUUGUACUGCCGGUGCCACCAUUGUGAGUGGGGCAGUGGCCGAGCGUGUCAAGAGCCCCACCUAUGCCGCCUUUGCGUUCCUGAUGACAAGUUUCAUCUAUCCUAUGGUUGUGGCAUCAACCUGGGGUGGUGGCUGGUUGGCCUCACUUUUUGGCGUGGGCUACAUGGACUCCUGGUUGGUGGACUUUGCAGGGUCAGGUGUUGUGCAUCUUACCGGUGGCAUCAGCGGACUUGUUGGCACUACCAUUCUGGGAGCGCGUACCGGGCGCUUCACCAACCCAGAGGAGUUCGAGUGCCACAACCUGCCAUUGGUUGUUUUGGGUACCUUUGCUCUUUGGUUCGGUUGGUAUGGCUUCAACCCUGGCUCCACCCUUACCAUGAAGUCAGGCAGUGAUGGUGCUUUGGCAGCUCAGGUGGCCAUGAACACCACCUUGGCUGCGGCCACAGGUGGUAUCACCGUGUUCCUCCUCCGCUACGUCAUCAUGCACAAGUACGAUGUUGGCGCCUUGUGCAACGGCAUCCUGGCCGGCUUGGUGUCGAUCACCGCGGGCUGCGGAAACAUGGAGAGCGGAAGUGCCGUUGCCACCGGCUUGAUUGGAGGCUUUGUGUACCAAGCAGCAUCGAUGCUCCUUCAAGCGCUGAAGAUUGAUGACCCAGUGGAUGCUAGCCCGGUCCACGGCUUUUGUGGAGCCUGGGGCAUCAUAGCAGCAGGCCUCUUCGACUGGGGUCGGGGUAUCGACCACUACCAUGGCUGGAGUGGAUUCGGAUGCAUGGAGAAGGAUGAUGGUGGCUGCCAGACUGGCAUUGGUGGCACUGCCAUUGGGGUCCAAUUCAUCAUGGUCCUGGCCAUUGUGGCAUGGGCGGGAACCUUGUCUGGCAUUGGUUUCUUCCUGUUGAAAAUCACUGGGGUGCUCCGCUACGGCACUCACGUGGAAGAGGUGGGCAUUGAUUCUCAUCACCACUCUCCACCAAAGGCCUACGCUUUGGAACCCAAGUCUCUCUCCCCAUCAAAGGUCUAUUCCACGAUGACCUCGGAAACCCAGCCGAGCACGGCACACAAGUUUUGUGGCCGCAUCGCACGCAUGCGGCCGCGAGAUCCGACACCACACUUCUCCCGUGCCACG